UCCUUCACUUUGUGAACAUAUAUCAGCUAUAUAUGUAGCCUUCAAUUCCAUUACAUUAUAUUGUUCAUGCCCUAAUGCUAUAUGAGAGGUGUCCUACAAUAAUAUAUAAUGUCCUAGUUUAGGAAGUAUGGGAAAAGAAAGCAUGAUUGGGUUGAGAGAUAAGUGCUGCAACACAAGCAUAGAGAAGAGACUGAAAGGCAUAGUGGCAAUGGAGUUUGAGGUAGAAAGUAAUGGAGAUGAUGGAAGCUUGAGUGAAGCCAAUACCUUCUGGCCGGUUCAACACCCAACUGAACCGUUGGAAGAAGACCGGCCCAUCAUCUGCCCAAUGCCAUACUCUUCUUCUGUCUUGAAGAACAAUGGGCUGCAAGAAGGGAGGUUUUCUGCGGACAUUAUGAGGAAGAGAUCAGAUUACUCGGCACCGCGGAAGAGCGGAGGAAUCUUGGAGGUGACGAUGGAGCCCCCGAUCCGAGUGGUGCGCAAGCGGCACCACCCGCUCGGGCCUGAGUACCGAGGCGGCGUGGCCGGGCCGGUGCGGAGGGUGCCGCCUCAUAACGCAACCAUGUCUCAAAUGCUCCACCAAUUCAAUCACUUCAAAUCUUGACAAGGCAGACAAAAAAAUAAUUAACGCCAAGAAAUGCAAAGAUCAUGUCCCCGGCAUCAUCAUCAUCAUUAUCAUUAUCAUCAUCAUCGCUCCAUCGAAUCAGCUCCGAUCCCUACUGUUUUUGCAUCGAUUGUCGCAGAAAUAACUUUGUCAGAUAAUGUUUGGUUUUACCUACCCAGAGAAUCAUAGGUCAUAGGUGUGGGACUGUGGGGUCUGGCCGGGCAGAAAUUAAAAUUAAAGUUUUACAUACGUUGUUGGGUAGAUUGGGAAAUAAGGUUUCAUCAUCAUCACAGAUUCACAGUACGUUGUACGUACGUUAUCACUGUGAAUUGGUCGUCUGGUCUGCACGACAUUAUAGUCAGAUGUUAAGAUUCUAGCAAGCUAAGCCCCGUACUAGAGGGCAUGUACUAAUUAAAUCUCGCAUUCUGAAUUUCUGAUUCCGUCUUAUAAUCAGAUGUUUUUUUUUUUAUAAGAUUUUCGAUUGUCAGUAAUAUCUUUCAUUUCCUGGAUAGAUGCAAGAUGUAUAAUGUGAUACUCAUCAUCUUCAUUAUA